AUGGCAACAACAAACAGUCUGCCAGCGCGUCCUCUGCCUGUCGGCCACACCGACGCCACCGCACCUGCCGCGGCAGCCAUACCAAAGUUGAUCCCUCGAAACGGACGGCGGUCGACGGGCAGGCCAGCCGCCACUGAAGCCCCUCCUACAACACCUUCAUUGCCCUUUCCAGACGCGAAAGAUGGGAAGCACACGUUGCCUGUGAAGCGAAUACUGUCGGGCAGAGACCACGAGCUCUUCCUCGACUCGCCGGCUUAUGUAUCGAUCAAAGCCUGGAUCUUCACACUUUCAGACUGCGUGAAAGGAGUCAAGAUUUCCGAGAUUCGGUCGUCUUCAUUGUCUGAGAACAUUCGGCGCAUAGAUGAUGCGCUGGAUCGUCUACAGACUAUUCAGAACCAGCAUCCAGCGCUAGAUACCGGCUCUCGCUUUGGCAAUCCAGCCUUCCGUGAUUUCCACCGAGGUCUCGUCGGCAAUCUUGACCGACUGCACCAAGAGGUUCUGUCAAUUGAUGACCAAUCUGCUCGAGAAGAGCUGUCGGUCUACCUCGCAGCUUCGUUCGGCUCGGAAGAACGCCUCGAUUAUGGCUCAGGCCACGAGCUGAACUUUGCAAUGUGGCUGCUGUGCCUGUACAAUUUGGGCAAGAUCGACCGUGGCGACUUUCCCGCAGUUGUUCUUCAUACCUUUCUUCGCUACCUGCAACUGAUGCGGACUAUACAGAGCACAUACUACCUCGAGCCAGCCGGCAGCCAUGGCGUUUGGGGUCUGGACGAUUACCACUUCCUACCUUUCCUCUUCGGUGCCAGUCAGUUGGUCGGACAUCCUUACAUCACGCCUAAAGCGAUCCACAACAAUGUCAUAUUAGACGAAGAAGGAGAUGACUACAUGUACCUGAAUCAAGUCCGAUGGGUGGACAGUGUGAAGACCGUAAAAGGCCUGCAAUGGCACAGCCCGAUGCUAGAUGAUAUCUCUGGGUCGAAGGGCUGGUCGAAAGUCGACGACGGCAUGCGCAAAAUGUUUGUGAAAGAAGUUCUGGGAAAACUACCAAUCAUGCAGCAUUUUCUGUUCGGAAGUUUCAUCCCGGCCACUGCGGAAAUGGGCAAGCUAGAUCCUGAAGCACAGAUCGCUCAAGCUAGUCGGAUGAAGCACGUACAGGAGCAAGGCCACGAGCCUGACUAUUGGGGUGACUGCUGUGGUAUCAAAGUACCCAGCACCAUUGCUGCAGGAGAAGAGAUGAGGAAGCGGAUGGGCUUGGGCGCGACUCUGCGACCUAUUCCGUUCGAUUAA